AUGGCUUCCAUCGCAGCUUUGUUAACAUCCGACACACCAGUUUCGCCUUUAAAUCAUGAGUUCUGUUUUGCGUCUGGCAUCCAGUCCAAACAAGAUAUCAAGCCAACCCCAUCCACGUUCAUUCUGAAUGCUGAGCAGAAGAAAAAUUGCGAUGCAGAGGUUGCAAAACGUGAAAUUGUACAUCAUUCGAGCGUUAGCGUCAACUAUAGCGGGCAUCUUCAGUGCCUGUCAGUCGACGGGAUGCAAAGCUUUUCUGACAUGCAAAGUAUUGGUCGUAGAGCAUCGACCAUCAACAGGCGGUUGAUGGAAAAGGAAAAGGGGAAACUCUCGGUCAUUUUCCCUCGGAGGAAAAUGGGGGAAGCAUCGCGCAAGACAGAUGCAGUAUGGCUCAGCAUGGAACUUGUACAUUCCCUCUCCGAUAGAUCACUGCAAGAGGCAGCUAAGCAUCUGGGCAUCUCUGCCACUGCGUUGAAGAAAGCAUGCAGAGUUCUCGGGAUAGAACGAUGGCCUUACUGCAGAAAGAGAAUCCAAGAUGGCGACUGCUCUUCGUCAAAGGAUGCACAAUCACCAGAUAGUGCUCCUUACAAGCCUUGCCAAGUUGGGUUGUUGCCCAUGGCGCGAGUGUGUGGAGCUGGCUGGGCUUAUGGCGGCAAAGGGCUCGCAGCCAGCGGUCACUCUUCAUGGCGGUUGACAGAGACACGAGGACGAGGACGCGCUCUUAGCGCCAUGCGCUGCAGUCUGACGCUGCCGACGGAGAAGAGUCUGGUCCUCCUGAGCGGAGGAGUGGAGUCAGUGACACUGAUGCCCUUGCUGUCAGCUCGAAUGGGGUCGAAGGUCUCCGAGACCCACCUGGUCCCUCUGUUUGUCGACUAUGCUCAGAGAGGAGCAGAGAUGGAGAGAAGAGCGAGCAAGAGGGUGUGCGACAGGCUGGGGUUGGAGCUUCUCGAGCUCGACGCGAGCAGGGUGGGACAAGGGAUGCGGCUACGACAGAAGCAAAGGCUGCAUGUCCCCGUUCCCCAUCGCAAUCUCUUUGCACUGUCACUUGCCUUGGCCAUGGCCAACGUGGAGGGAGCGAAGAAGAUGCACAUCGCCAUUCAGAAGGAGGACACGGACUGGUAUCCGUCAGCCUCACGAGAUUUCCUGGCAGCAUCUAAGAGUAUGGUUCAGCUCCUAGAGCCCCAGAUCGAGCUCCUCACCCCGUUUCUCGACAUGACGAAGCAGCAGGUGUUAGAGCUGGGUGUGGAGGUCGGGGUGGAUUACAGCGGGACGUACUCGUGCAUCCGGGGGGGGGAGAGGCACUGUGGGACAUGCAAGCAAUGCAGGGAGAGGAAGAAGUCUUUCGAGGAGGCGAGAAUCCCUGAACCUCCUGAUUUCUAUGAACAAUGA